AUGUGGGCAUAUAUUGGCAAAAUAUGUCUCAAUAUCACGUUCGUUAUUGUUUUAUACAUAGUCAGUUACACAAAUCGGGAUUCGAAUGCAAUACUUCAAGUACAACAUCUAAGUAGUUUUUUUUGUAAUACACGAAGUUCUUUAAACAAUUUCACAGAUAUUGUAUCCCUUGAUGAUUACUGGGAUUGGUUACAAACAAUCUUUGUCACAAACAUUCGUAUACGACCAUGGUACAAUGGAGGUUCCGUGGGCAAUAUGACAGAUUUUCUUAAUGACAAAUCCACUCGGAUUAUUGGCUGGUCACUUAUGCGGCAAUUACGUUUGAGUAUAAAUUCAUCUUGUCGAGUUCCUCCUGCAUUUCGAACAUUAAUUGAUUCAUGUAAAGAUAGUUAUAGCUUUUCCAAUGAGGAACGACGAUCUUAUGCACCUGGAUGGCUUGCAACAACUAAUAUAAAUUAUACCAUAUCAAUAAGGAAUUCAUUCGUCUAUCGUUCAAGUGACGAACUUGAUUCGUAUGUUUAUUGGGGCAAUCAUGGAACGUACGGUAGCGGAGGGUUUGUUUACAAAUUUCUCGGAAAUUUCGAUGAAAUUCAAGAAAAUCUGACUCUCCUGAGAAAUCUAACAUGGAUCGAUGAAAGAUCGCGUGCUGUGAUGAUUCAGUUGAAUUUAUACAAUCCUAAUGUCAAAUUGUAUACCUCCGUCACACUUUUAAUCGAAAUACUUAGCACUGGAGAAGUAUUUCCAUCAUUUCGGAUUGACCCAUUCCAAAUGUAUACAGAAUUUCAUGACUUUUCCUCAAUCUUCUACAUGGUUAUUGCCAUAAUUUAUAUAUUAUUCAUUGCUUAUUUUACAUUCGUUGAAAUCUACUCAAUUUAUAAACUAAAAAAGAAAUAUUUUCGUAAAAUGCGCUCUUAUAUUGAAUGGAGCAUGAUCAACUGUUCAUGGGCUGGCGUCGGUGUCUACAUAUCGCGUUAUAACGAAGCGCAACGAAUCGGAAGAUAUGUAAAUUCAACAAAUGGGUUUCAAUACAUCAAUUUUCAAUUUGCCACAUAUCUUAACGAUGUUCUGACAUUUUUACUCGGCUUUUGCUGUUUUUCUGGUACGAUACGUUUGCUGCAAUUGUUCGAAAUUUAUCCUCGAAUCAAUAUUUUCUCUCGGACACUACAUCGUGGAUUCAAAGACAUCGCUGCAUUUACAAUGAUGUAUUUCCUAUUAUUUUCAGCAUUUGUUAUUUUAUUCUAUUUACUAUUUGUCUCGAAGAUGAUAUCAUGUUCAAGUAUAUUACUUACAGCUGGAAUGCUAUUCGAGAUGAUUCUAUUAAAAUUUGAUACGACUGAUUUACAAGAUUCUGACCCAUUUCUCGGGCCAUUCGUAUUCACAUUAUUUAUUUACUUUUGCGUAUUCGUCUGUUUUACAAUGUUUAUCGUGAUUAUUACCGAUCAUUUUCGUCAUGUCAGACGUGAAAUACGCAAUAAAGAAACAAAUCAACCAGGCAUUCUUGCAUUUAUCAUCGGAGACAUUUCAAAACGAUUGGGUUUGGGAAAUGCAAGUGCGAAAGUUCAUCCACAAGAAUCGCCUGUUAUUGUUAUCACACGCUCGGAUCCUCCAACACCCAUCGAACAAUUGCCUGGUAAAGUUGAUGAACUUAUUCUAGCGUUAGAUAGAGUUCACACAGUCUGCAAACGAUUGGAUGAAAUGAUCGGACUGGAAAGUAAUGAGACGUUGGUAGAUGCAACUUUUCAUCCACAGCAACGACGUCGACGAAAAAAACAUGUUGUCUAUUGA